AUGCUCCAUCUCGCGACGCUCGCGCUGCUCCUCGCCGCCGCCGCGCUCGUCUACGCCUGGCGGCGAGCGCGGUCCUGCCCGCCCAUGCACGCCAACAAAGUCCCAGAAACAGGCAUUGAAGACUUGAAGCAAUGCAAAGAUCACCAUGAGCUGCGAACCCAGUUUCUGGAGCUGGUUCGCGACGACGGUGCGGGAAGCUGGCCGCCGGUGGCCCGCCAUGACAACUGGCCCGCGGCUUUGCGCGCCUACAAAACGGUCUAUGCCGAACUUGCGCCGCUGCUGGCCACGGCAGAACCGUCUCUCGAUGAUGCCUUCAAUGUUAAGAGGUGUGCCGAGUUUCGUGCGCGCAUGCGUGCGAGCCUGGAACGCAACGUGGACAGCAACGCCACAGCCAAGUGUCUGCAGUUGGUUCUGGAUGGUCACUGGAACGAGCUUGGCCGCGACUCUUUCAAUGGCUUUUAUUCCUGCGUAGCUUGUCUUCGGCACGCCUACAGAUGGGCAACCAACCCCGUCGUCCGCGUCGCGCAAAACGAGAAGCAGCUAGCUUUCCCGCCCGAGCUGGACCUGGCAUGGUCGUAUAUCCAGAAACAUCUAGACAUUACCUCGCCCAGCGGAAACAUCAUGGCCAACAUCAUCUACAACUUUGACGCCCAGGGCAAGCUGACCUAUCGCGUCAACGAAGGCCUGUCGGAAGAGGUUCAGCAAACGGAGCUGGCCUGGUGCAAGAUCUUUUCCGAUUCCGAGAGUCUGGCUACGCCAAUGUACUGCAGCAUCAUACGCGCCAUGAUGAGCUACGAGCAAGGCGACAAAAAGGCCGCUCUGGCCUACACCGAGGCCGUGUUCCAGCAGGCCCGAAAGGUCAUUCUCCAUCUCUACGACAACAUGAACGAGUCCAACGUCUCGCGCGCCCUCUGGGUCCGGCACGUAUCCGGCAUCCACAGCUGGGGGCUGACGGCAGAGACGGAGCACGGCCCGGUCGAGUACGGCGGCCUGUCGGGCAGCCAGACGCUCAUCUUCCUCUCCAUGGACGCCUUCAUCGGCAUCCCGUCGUAUCACUCCGACGACGAGAUCCGGAUGCACAUUUCCAAAAACAUGAGGAGCGUGUUUGCCCUCAUGAAGAAGCACUGCUUCCGACCGCAGCUCAACAAGAGCGACGCAGCCGAGGACCAGGCCAUUGUGCAAGUCAUGGAUCGCAUCGUGAAGCAGAUGAGGACAUUCCGCGGUGUACACAAAGUGCGCGCCGUCCGGUUCUUGUCAGCCCCAGCACCGGAGAGAGUGCCCAUGACGGCCGCCCUCUCCGUCUUGGAGGAAGAGGACAAGAACGACGACAAGAUGGACAAUAAAGAAGGCAAGAAAGAAAACAAGGCGGAAAAUGAGGGAGGCGCGUACGCUUCGAUUGAUGGGCUCUUGACAAAGAGACUUGAUCAGACUGUAUAA